AAGAUCGAUCGAAAACGGCCUUUGUGUUGUUUGAAGGUACGUGGCAGUGGGUUCGGUGUCCAAUGGGAAUUUGCAAUGCGCCUGCCAGGUUUCAGCGAGCAAUGAACAUGACGUUCCAGAAUUUCGUCAACAAGACACGGCUGACGCAAGGGAUGAUUAACUUUUGCGUGAUCAUGUACAUGGACGACAUCCUGGUCUAUUCGAAGACUUAUCAUGGGCACGCGCAACAUAUUGAAUGGACACUGGGCGCACUGAGAGAUGCUGGGUUCAAGAUUGCGAUCGAGAAAAACGAAUUUUUCCUCUCGAAAAUUUCGUUCUUAGGCUACGUCGUGACACGUGGAGGAUUGAGGCCGGACUCGAGAAAAGUUGCGGCGGUGAAGGAAGCCCCGGUUCCCACGUCACUGACGCAGGUUCGAGCCUUCUUGGGGUUGGCGUCGUGCUAUCGACGUUUCAUCAAAGACUUUGUCGCGAUUGCACGACCGCUAACGAAUCUGUUACGGAAGGACCAGCCUCUCAAUUGGGACGCGGAGUGCCAGCAGGCCUUUGCAACCCUCAAAGACGCUCUGGCAACAACCCCUAUUUUGAUUCGGCCGGACCCCUCGAAGCAGUUCAUUCUCAUCACGGACUGGCAACCGGAAGCUAUUUCAACUAUUUUAGCACAGAAGGGGAACGAUGGUCGCGAACACGUCAUCGAGUACGCAUCUCGAACCGUACCAGACGAACGAAGAAACGACUCCGCACCUCAAGGCGAAUGCUAUGCGGUAGUUUGGGGAAUCCAACACUUCCAUCCGUAUCUCUACGGACAGAAGUUUCGCCUCGUAACGGAUCACGAACCUCUGUUGUUGCUGAUGAAACUCACCAACUACACGGGCAUGAUUGGCCGUUGGGCGGUGCGACUACAAGAAUACGACUUUGAUAUCGUCCAUCAAAAGACAGAGCGACACGACAACGAGGACGGGCUGACACGUCUGCAUCGACCUGCCAAGUCUGCACGGGCUCCCACCCUCUCCUACCGUGUUAAGGAGAAUAGUGCGCCGCUACUGAGUGAGGAGAAGUGGGACGCGUGGUGGGAGAACUAUAUCGAGCUCGCUUUCUGCCUACUGGAGAUAGAGUUCCGCUGGUCAGAGGCGGCCCCAUUCGGAGAAGGGCAGGAGCACCCAGAAGAUAGCGUGGAGUUUCUGAUCAUCCAAGCCUGGAGGACAGCGGAGCAGGGCGACCUGCUGGGAUUCCUGUUCGGGAAGGUGGAGGAGGGCAAUCUCACCUUGAUCACGGGCGAGUUGCUGGUGUUUUUGGCUCAGCUGGCGGACGAUCUGCCCCUGGACAUCUUGUCGCACAGUGACAAGCAGCCUGGCACCCACGUGUUGUCUCGAACGAUCGAGCCGAACCUUGUGUGGUCCACGUGCACGGAAAUCGACGAGGAUAAUUGUCUCUAUCCCUCCCAGGCGCUCUACUUGGAGAUCGACGUUACCGAUCUCACGUUUUGGGACCCGAUUGCGAGGCAAAACGUGGCGUAGGACGAGGAGAUAAGGGGAGCAAACGAAGAAGAGGAAGAAGAAGAGCCAUCGAGUGAGGAAAGGGACGAUCCGGACUACGUACCGGAAAGAGAGGCAGGGAUAGCCGACGAAUCAAACCAGCCGCAGGCG